AUGUCAAUAGUAAACCAACAGCAACAUCCAGGUCAUCGAUGGAUGCUUGAAGCGCUUAAAUUAGCACAGAAUGCAUUAGAUAAGCAAGAAGUUCCUAUUGGUUGUGUAAUUGUUCAUAAUGAUUCAAAAAUUAUUGCAUCAGGUCAGAAUGAACCUGUUCGACUGAAAAAUGCUACAAGACAUGCUGAAAUGUGUGCACUCGAUAGUUUUUUUGCUCAACAUGAUCUUUCAACUGCACAAAAACUUCUUUCAGAAUCUGUUCUUUAUGUUACUUGUGAACCUUGUAUGAUGUGUACUGGUGCAUUACGUCUUGCCGGCUUAACACAAAUUGUUUAUGGAUGUUCAAAUGAUCGUUUUGGUGGUUGUGGUUCUGUGCUAGAUAUUGCACAAGAUUCAAUGCCUGGAACAUUACCAUUACAAUGUACGAGUGGAAUUGAAGGUGAUGAAUCAAUGCGUUUAUUAAAAUUGUUUUAUCUGAAUACUAAUGUCAAUGCACCACAACCAAAAGAUAAAUCUAAAAGACUAAAAAACUCAUCAAUAACAUCUGAAUAA